UGCCUUCCUACCUUGACCCAUUUCAAAAUUCCUCUCUUACCGCAUACUUUGACCACUUUGACUUUUCUACUACUUUUUUUCUUCAUUUUUUUUUUUUGGGUGGCUGUACUCCUUAUAUAUCUUUCUCCUCUAUAUUUCUCUAAUAACCUUUUGUUCCUUUAAAUCUCAAAAAAAAAACAAUUAUUUUCUUCACUAUCAAGAAUAUUCAAAAUUUUCUUUUCACAUUAUACUAACACUACUAUAUAAUUUUUCAAUUUUUUUUGCAUGUACUUAUUAUAAACACAAAUAUACACAAUUAUUUGUUGGCAAGUCAUUUUAAACCCAAAUAGUGAUCUCACAUAUUUCCAUUUUCAAAACCAUUGUAUACUUUUUCAUGUCUUUAUUUAUUUAGACUCGAAAUUUGUGAAUAUAGAUGAUUCGCGACUACUUUAAUACUUUUCAAACUAUAAUACCUUUCCACAGAAUUUUCAUUGAUCAUUACAUUACCAACAAACAAACAACCUUCCUCUUUAUUCACUAGUAUUAAUUGUACUAGUCUUACUGAAUAAUUAGUUGAUAAUUAACAACUACUCUGCUGAAGUUUUUUCCAUAAUACAUUAUGCAACUUCCUUCAUUGGAAUGGACUCGGUCUUCCAACUCGAUAAUGGAGACCGAGUUAGCUACCUCUGUAGUCUGAUGCAAUCCUUUUGUGCCUCAUACAUUUGCCUUUGGACCUAUUCACCUCAUCUCAAAAUUUUGUACUGUGAAGACGGCCACUUCAAAGAAGAGGCGAGUUCUUUUACUGGUGUAUCGAUUUCUGGACGACUCUUUAACGAGUACAAGCAGUCUGUUUUUCCUGUUGGGAAUGACUUUGUUCCAGGACUUGCAUUCAGAGAUAAAAAUCCCAGUUUAAAGCUGCAGGAAAUAGAUCUUCAACGCCUCGCAUCAAUCGAAUUACAGCGUCGUUUCUACAAGGAAGCAAAUAUAAAGACUGCGGUGUUCUUUGGUUGUGAGAGAGGUGAGAUUGAACUCGGCAUGUCCAAUAAUCAACAAAAUUUGGAGAUGAAGAUACAAAGAUUAUUUUCGACAAUGGAGUUUUCAAGGCCAACAGAUCAACAAAACAAGCCUUCAUCCUCUUCUUCUCAAUCAAUGGAUAGUCCUGAGUACACCUCACUCUUUUACAACUUCGCGAGUUCUUCAACCUUCCACCUUCAACCAGAGCAACCUGCAGCUGUUAUUAGGGAAACUCAUCCUAGCAUAGUUGAUCAACAUAGGACAAUAAACACGCAAUCGAUUCCUAUUACAACGACGACAGUAACAAAUACUGCUACAUCUUCUGUUAAUGCGCCUCAAAUUAAUCAUCCUUUGUUACAAAACAUUCCUUUCCCUACAGCUGAAACCACUGACGCUGCCUUAACAAAGGCGUACUUAGCAAUCUUGUCAUCUCCUUCUUCAUCAUCAACUGGUGGUGAGAAAAGUUGUCCAUAUGGUUAUCAAGCAAGGCAAAGGGCAAGUGCAUUUACGAGUUAUCAUAGCUCGUGUUCAGGAUCGAGUUCUACUCAAAAGAGGCUUGAUUUGAGGAGGCAAACCUUGCUAAAACGCGCUAUUGCCUUCUAUAGAGGGAUAAAUUAUAGGAGGAUUCAAGAGCUUUCUUUACAAGGGCCCGGUCGCCCUACUAGCAAUCAAUUGCACCACAUGAUUUCUGAGAGGAAAAGAAGAGAAAAAAUCAAUGAGAGUUUCCAAGCUUUAAGAUCCUUGCUCCCUCCCGGCACCAAGAAAGACAAAGCAUCAGUAUUAAGAACUACAAAAGAGUACUUGAGCUCUUUGAAAGCUCAACUCUCGGAGGUUAACAAAAGGAACCAACUCAUGGAGGCACAACUCAAAAUGAGGAACGAGCCUAAAUCAACAAAUACAACAAGUGUAGACGUCUCAAGCAACGAAAGACUAGCCAUUAGGGUUACGCCGGUUUCAGAAUCAACAUCAUCAAGAGGAAGAAUGGUGGACUUGCAAGUAAUAUUGAGGAUGGAAACUUCGGUACCGGAUUUGGUUAUUAGAGUGUUAGAGUUUCUUAAGCAAGUCAAAGAAGCAACAAUGGUGUCAAUGGAAGCUCAAACUCAUCAAGAAACUACAUCAACUAAUAAUCAAUUUCCUACAAAUUGGGUCACAUUUAGGCUGAGAAUUGAGGGAGAAGAAUGGGAUGAAUCUGCUUUCAUUGAAGCAAUUGGAAGACUUCUUGCUGAUUUGGCAUCUUGACGUCAUUGACAAUAACACUAUUUUGUCAUUUUGAUUGCUAGCUAUUACACCCAUUCAUUCAACAACAUUUUUUGGGGUGGUGUUAGUAUUAAUUCCACGUAAGUAAGUGAUUAUGACGACAAAUUAUUAUUUCAUGCGAUUGAGAGUAUUUAGGAUAGUGAUUUUGAUUCGAUAUGUGAAUUAAGAGCAUGAGCAACAUGUGUCCUUACAAAGACACAAAUAAAUUGUGAAAUUGUUAGACCUCCUAAACUCAUGACCAUAAAUUUGUUGUAAUGCAAUUAUGCAAGAAUUUUGCAAGUAGGGGGGAUUUCUUGUAUAACAAUUAGGAGUAAUUUUUUAGAAAGUGAGGUCUUUAAAACUCUGUAUUAAUGUACUCAAAAUCAUAGCUUAACAUUCAAAUUAAUUAGCAUCCAAAUU